UAUGCAUACUGAAAAUAAUAAUCAUUACUGUUUUCAAAUUUACAUAGUUUUGUUUCAUCAUUAAGUUAGGAAAUUUGGUAUUGUGUGUUUAAAAAAAAUAUUCUGAAAACAAACAUGAGAUCGAGAUGCAAUAUUAACUUUGAUUAAGUUUUAUUUUAUUGAUUACAUAGAUGUGUAUAUAUUAAAAAAAAUGUAAAAUGAUUUUAAGAACUUCAUUAUUUUUGUUGAGUCUAGCGUUGGAAUGGACAUUCGCACAAUAUUACGAAAUCGGACCAAAGUGGGACUACCCUGACAAACAAGUGAUAUUAUACACAAAUGAAUUGAUAAAAUCAGCUGUUCAAAUUAUUUACGACACCGACGAGCAGAUAGAACGCACAGCCCACCUCAGACUGAACAGCAUUCGAUCAAUACCUUACGAAGUCGGCUAUAUUAUGCAUAACAUCCAAGAAGAGUACCGUCGCAUGGUUGAUAAAUAUCACACGUGUUACCAAAUGGGUGGGAGACUGUACCUACACGAGUACAUGUUUUAUUUAGAGGACAUAGAGUACCACUUUUGGAAAAUCGAGCAUUUAGCUUACAUGCUGCACGAGGUUGAGAGGAAAUACGGCAUGAGAGGCAACACGUUAGAAAAAGAAUACGUCGAUCCAUCGUUCAACCAGACACGUCCAAAAUUCAUGGGCAACGGUAAAAACAAGAGCAAAUACAUGAUGGAUUCGAAGAAUACAAACGUGGAUUCGGACGCGGAUUAUCCAUUUUACACUGUAACUAAGGAGAAACGUAAAAAAGUCAAAUGGAAAGACAGGGAUCAACAUUUCCUUGAUACCUAUAAGACCUCCUCGACGACAAGGAAGAAGCAGCACGAACCCUGGUACAAGGACUACGGGUGGGAGAUCUGGCCGCCUUGGAAUGGAUAGCCAUAGACGGCUAAUGAAAAUACUAAUAUUAUAAAUGCGAAAACCAAAGUUCAUAUUGAGAAUACAUAUACAUUAUAUUAAAUUAGUUGAUUUAUUUAUAUGGUGGUCCAUAUGCUUCUAAAUAUCUGAACUACG